CGCCAAAAUGCGGUCGCCCACAGGUCAGAUGUCACAGGUCAUCCAAGUUUUCCAAGAUGGCGUGUGCUGAAAAAUUCUGUGAUGAAUUUUUGGCAAACAGUUCUUCAUAAUCGCCUCCCUAGACGUUGAACACAUUCUAGUCUCAUUUUAAAUUACCUCGAAAGAUUUCUAGGUCGUCAGGAGGUUAGAAUUUUGACCGUUUUGUCUCUAGCUAGAUUCAGAUUGUGAUCGAAAUACAAAACACAUCAUGGCGUCUGGAUCGUGUGAUCCCGGAGAUCAAGCCUUGAUCAACAACAUUGUAGAUCACCUCAAGUCACAGGGACUCUUCGAUCAGUUCAGAAGGGAUUGCUUGGGCGACGUGGACACAAAGCCUGCAUACCAGAACCUACGGUCUCGUGUGGAAACUUAUGUGUCCAACUUUCUUGGCAACCAGAAAUGGGAACCGAGUCUGAACAAGAACCAGCUGAGAAACAACCUACGCCAACAGAUAAACCAGUCUGGUAUCCUAUCCACUGGAAUAGACCGUGUUAUCCACCAGGCUGUUGAACCCAAGAUACAGCAUGUCUUCAGACCGCAGAUAGAGAAGGUUGUGCAUGACUAUGUGGAACGAGAAGAGGAGAAGAAAAAGUGGGAGGAGGAGCGACGGAGGGCAGAAGAGCUUAUCAAGACACGCCCUGAGCCACUGCCAAUCAAGAUGGAACCAUCCCGUUCAACCAAACAGGACUCCCCCCACGCUAAACCCUUCAGAAGUCUACCAAUAGACUUACCCAUACCUAUGACUUCUCAUAAGACUGAAUUCCCCACCUCUACAAAAACCAGAGACAUGGGGAGUGGGGAAAAGUCCGGGAAGAGGGCCAUGGAUUCAUCACGACAAGGAAAAGGUGAACUGUCAAAGAAGCGGUCCACAUAUGAGAUGAGCUGCCAAGGCGAUAGCAAAAAUAGAGAGGGAAAGAGUUUACCUGAGGGGAAAAUACAUAGCCCGGAAAGAAAGAAAGUUGCCGUAGAACAAAAGGGUUCCUCUGUUGGUGAAGUCAAGAAGAUAGAUCCAAGACUGGAGUCCACUAAGACUGUCCAAGAAUCGAAGUCUCCAGUGAGCUCUGGUCAGAGUAUAGAAACAGAUUUGAAGGAUCCUAAAUCUUCAGCACCAAGCCAAACAGUGCAGGGAGAAGUAGGUGAUAUGAAGAAGGCAGUCUUGUCAUUUGACCACAAAGCAAGCGACAAAGCAACAAAGAUUAAACAGGAACCUUCGAGAGUUUGGGAAAGUGGGGAGAAGUUGCAAAUGAAGGAAAAGUCGGAGUCAUCAUCAAAAACGUCUGAUCGUUCGGAGAAAUACAACAAGCCAACUAAGCCCCUCAAGCUUUCAACAAAAUCUGAAGACUUACCUAAACCAGCCAAGGUUCUACGAAAAGACGACUCUCCUAAGCAAGACAAGAAGAAAGAGGACUCACAGAGGCCUCCUAAGACCUCCAAGUGUGAAGAUUCUGCAAAGCCUUACAAGAUUCCAAAGAAGGAAGAAAGUUCUAAGGCCUACAAGGUUCCCAAGACUGAAGAUUCCUCCAAGACGCGUAGACGGGACGACUCUCCUAAACAUGUAAAAAUGGUAAAAACUGAAGACCCUUUCAAAGUAUCUAAGCUGACCAAAUCUGAAGACUCCAGCAGAUCACCAAAAGUUUACAAGAGUGAUGAUUCAAGCCGACCAAGCAAAGUGCCAAGAAAAGAGGAUGUUUCCAAAAGUAGCAAAAGUGACCCCACAAAAUCCUCAAAAGUCUUCAAGACUGAUAUGUGUAAAUCUGAUUCAAAAGUAAAAUCUGCCAAAGCUACAGAUGGUAAAGUUCAGGGAGAUGUGAGGUAUAAGUCAUCAUCCAAGACAACUUACACAGAAGAGAGUAAAGUAAAGAAAGACCUGAUGUCAGCACCAGCAAAGAGUCAGGAAGAAAAAAGGCAAAAAGAGAAUGAACAAGAGGACACAUCAAAAGUGAGAGAUGACAAAAGAAGUAAAGAAAGGGCAGAAUCAGAGAAGAAAAGGGAAGAAAGGAGACUGAAAGAGAAGGAUCUUACACCUAAAAUUGCACAAGAAAAGAAGGGAGAUGACAAGGAAGCUACAACAAAGUUGAUCACUGAGAAAAUGAUGAAAGGUUGUGAAGCAGAGUCCUAUAGCAGCAAGGAAAAGAGAUGCAGAGCUGAUGAAAAGAAAAGUGACCACAAGCCAUUGUCCAGUCAUGAACCUGGGGAUGAAGACCUGGACAACUUGUCUGUCAGCUCGGUCCACACCAGUGACCUUUCAUCCUUUGAUGAGGAGAUCAGCUCGGUUUCAUCAAGCGAGAUUGAGAAUGAACUCUCUCAACAAGAGGGUAAGGAAAGGAGUAAGUCUGACCUGAAUGACACACAAGGUAGCUCCAUGCAAAUGAGAGUUAGUGUGGAGGUGCAGGUCCAGGUAAAGCCUGAUGAGGCAGCAGACAGGCAGGGUGCAGGUUCUGUCCAGGGACAUCAUGCUGAUAGUGAAGACACCAGUAGACCUGGCAGUAAGAGUUCAGGAUGGGAGGGGGCCAGUCCAGGAGCUGUGGAAGGUCGAAGGUCGCGCAGGCGGAAGCAGGUUUCCUAUCGUAAGAUGCUGUCUGGACAGUACAGUGACAGCGAGGAAGAAGAAACUAAAGAAGAACGAAGAGCACGAAUUGCAAAGGAGAAAGAAGAAAGACUGCAGCGUCGUCAGAAGGCCAGAGCGGAGAGGACUCAGAAAUUGAAACACCAGGGAACUGGGACUGAACGGAUUAGUCCAGAUAAGGGCAGUGCUGAAUUGAAAGAGGAAAGCCCUUCAACUAAGGAGUCACCUCAAGAUCGUAGGAAGAAGGUCAUGGAGCAACGUAAGCAGAGUCUUAAAGAGGCCAAGAAGGAGCAGAAGGUUCUAGAGAAGAAGAGAGCGUUGCGCAGAAGGCUGACUGUGAACCCAAAGUACAUGUCCGAAGACUUUGCCUCUCUUGACUUCCACAUCGCAGGCACGCGGGAAAGUGUUAUCGCAGUCGAAGGAGAAGCAGUCAUUGUAGAAGCACAUGAUGCACCUCCCAAGCCAGAAGAAGCUAGCUGUGUCCCAACUUCUGUUCUAUCUGAAGAAACAACCAGUAAAUCAGCUCAUGUAAAGAGAGCACCAACACCAACAAAUGUCCCAGCUAAACAGCGACCUCGGAGAAAGGGUGCUGCAAAGAUACAGGUGAAGCUGGAGAAGAGACAAGUGCAGCUGGGCUCUUACACAUACACCUUCAACCUACCGAAGCCCAGCACUGCCAACUUUCUGCUCAGUACGACUGCCUCCAUCCCUGAAGUGUUACAGAACUCACAGCCAACCAAGCCCAAGAAGAGAAGGGCCUCCAACAUAGGGGCAAGCUUUGUCCCACCCAGACCUGGAUCUGCACAGGGCAGGGGGAGGAGGAGGGGAUCUACGGCCAGUGACAAGCUGGACAAAGGUUAUGACACAUCCCCAGCCCCACCCUCUCCCUCCCCACCCCCUCCCAGACUGGACUCAGCCCAAGAGGAGAAACCUCCCGACGGCACAACAAAGGGUCCACAAAGUAGCUCUCUAGACACGACUACAAAGAACAUAAAAAGUAUUGAAUUAAAUAAAGGAGUAGAAAAGGCUGUUAUAGAUGUUGAGAUUGGUAAAGAUGGCCAGAAGGAAAUGGAAAAGCCUUCAACAGUAUCAGACAAAACUAAGGCAGAAAUAGGAGAUACUAGUACCGACAAAAUGUAUGAAAAAGCAGGGUCAAAGGAUGAGGCUACAAAUGACAAUGGAAAGGACAAAAACAGGAAGAUAAAUGCUCUUGAAUCAAAACAAGAAGAUAUUGCAAAACCCACAGAAAGGCUUAUAGAGUCGCCACAAUUGAUGGAGAAACAAGUGACUAACACCCAGCAUGAAGGAGAUAGCAAAGUCCCAUCAGCUGAUUGCUCCAUACCAUCUAAAGACUCAGAAAGUCAAUCAGCCACUUUUGAGAAAAAUGCCACUGAUGAACCCAAACAAGCAGAGGCUCUUCCAAUGGAGAAGUAUGAAGAGCCCACCACUCCACCCACCCCCACACAGGAUGAACAGUUUGAGUACCAGCCUCUGAACACUGAGACAACCUACUCCAUCCCUAUAGUUGCACUGCAGCCUUCUGCUUCUGAAUCUGCAGUCCAGAUGCCAGCUGAUGCAGGGCUGUCUUUGAAAGAAGAGGAAACGAGGGAAUGCUCUGAAGAGGAGAACAGGAAGAGGAGUGAUUCUCCUGCCAGCCAAUCAUCAUCCAGCUGCAGAUCCCGUGGGAGGGAGAAUGAGCAGAAGAGAGACAGGAAGGGUUGCAGUGGGACAUCUUGUGAAACCAAGGAGAGAGGAGUGGAGGCACGGUCCGCACAGAAGAGUAAAUCAUCAGAAUCCACCCAACAACGUUCUCCACAACAUGCUGUAGAACCUAGAGGAGGUAAGAGGGAUGACAACAGUGUACAACCUAAGCGAGGGCAUGCUCCAACACAUGCGUACAGAAAGUCACCUUCGUCACAAAGGAAACGCUGUUCCCCUUCACCUGUUGUAGAAAGUGGAGGAGGGGGUCAAGAAGUCAAAGGUGGAAGGUCAAGGAGAAACAGCUCUCCCCAGGGGAUAAGGUCCACCAGGAGAAGUACUGCUGAUGACAUGCCUAUAUCCAAGAGACCAAGAAAAAUGUAAACUUGACCUUCCCUAGACUUUGCUCCUUUACUUAACACUAUUGUAGUCUUUUUUAAUAGUUUCUAGGGAUUUUAGUUACCUUUGCCAGAAUGGCGGAAGGUUAUGUUUUAAGCGUGUGCAUCAGAUUCUGUGUGUCUGUCUGUGUGUCAACAGCAUAACUCGAGAAGCCUUGGAUGGAGCCUGAUGAUAUUUGGUAGGUGGGUAGGGUCAUGAAAAUGAAGUUUAACUUUGAUAAUGGGCCCCCUUGCUAAGGUACUGCAGUGGACCUUCCAUUUUUGAUAUUUCAUGUUCUGGACAUGCUGUGGUCAUGAUUUUUGAGUGGUAAAUUGCCUUUGGGGCAGAAAGUGAGUGUGUGAGUUUGGGCCCCCUACCAUUUUUUUUCGGAACUGCAGAAUCGACUUCCUUUCAAACUUUCGAGUAUAACUUAAGAACAUGCUGACGGAUCGUCAUGAUUUUUGGUAUGUACCCUAAGUGAUGACUUACAUAAUGGAAUACUAAUUAUGCAAAUCAACAGCUAAUUUGCAUGAUUGAUGAGGAAAGUUUAUUAAUCCACUGCAUUCCAUGAUGGGAGUUUCAAACUUGUCACAUACAAUGUAUGCAACUGAGAAAGAGAGAAAUUUCAAAAGAUAUUAAGUAUGACCUAAUUUGCAUAAUGAAUGGGAAAAUAUGAAUGUGUUGACAGAACAUUAUAAUUUCUGGUAUGUAGAUAGUCUAAGUGAAGACUUAAACAUUAAACUACUAAUUAUGCAAAUUAACAGCUUAUUUGCAUAAUUAAGGAAGAAAGUUCAUAAAUCCACUGCUUUCCAUGAUAGGACUUUCAAAGUUUUCACAUAUGUAACAGAGAAACAGGGUAGAGAGUAUGAGGUGUAUAUUUGGGUCCCCUAGCAGCUUUUUUGAACUGCAGGAUCUGGUUUAGUUUUAGACUUUGAAAGAGAAUAAGUCAAGAAGGGAUGAACGGAUCAUCAUGGUUAUAGCUUAUGUAAUGCUUGAUAAAUUUGAUAUUAUUUUGGUAAAUUUUAUAAACCCACUCCGUUCCUUGAAGAGUAUAACUCAAGAAAGGAACAACGUAUUUUCAUGAUUUUUGGUAGGUAGCUACCUGACAAAAUAAAAUACUUAUUAUGCAAAAUAUGAGUACAUUUGAAUAAUUAACAAGAAUAUUCUAUCAUGGCAGUCUUUUCAAUGUAUCUCUUGUCCCGAACAUGAUAUGGUCUUGAAAUUUGGGUGGUAGAUAGCUUUUAGCAUCAUGAGAAAGUGGAGCAAGUUUGAGCCCUCUAGCAAUUAACUUUGGAUCUACAAGGGCGUUUUUGUUAAGACAUUCCAAUGCUGGUAUUUACAGAAAGGAAUGACAGAUGUCAUUAUUUAGGCAUGCAGGUAGCUUAGGCAAGGAUGUUCAUAACAAUUUACAUCUUAUACAAAUCAUUCUACAUAACAAACCUGGUUUAUUUGGUUAUGUAUAGUUCUACAUGCACAACACUACACAAGGUAAUCUUAUGGAAAAACAUGUACAGUGAUCUGUUAUAGUGGAUGAGGCCCUUGUCACACAAACAUGUAGCUGGAAUGGGUCAUGAUGGGAGCUAGUUGUCAGAAAGGUAUGGGAGGUUGCCUACAUGUACAUGUCAGGAUAGUCGUGUUCUGCUUGGAUAUGAUCACAGGAGCAAACUGUAGCUAGAAUCCCUUGUAACUAUUGAAAAAAUGUACAAUAAUGUAUCUUGAUUUUGUCAUAUUUGUCCUACUUAAGGAUAUAAAGAAGAACACCUUCUUGGUAAAAGUAAAUAUAUAAUCAUAUAUAGCAUUAGUUUUAUUCAAUAGUAUCAGUUUUGAAGGUUUAAUUCUUGACUACAGUAGUCUUAUAUGCAUAAGAGCCCAGUAUGUGGAAAACGUAAUAGAAAAUGCUGUUGCAAUUGCUACUACAUGUUUUGACUACUAGUAUAUACAUGUAACAUGACUAGAAUUGAAGCGUUAUGUUGAAAUAUAUUGCUGUUAGUGGAAAUGUUUGAUUAAAGAGCACUUGUUCAGAGUAAUUGUAACAGAUAUAGCAACCAUAGGAGGGGCACUAAAAGGCAAGAUUUUUUCCAAGGUAGACCAGUAGUCGUAGGUGUGAAUAAUAAGAAACUGAGAAUCACAGGGUAAGUUCCGCCCCUGAAUUACGAGUGCUUUUUCUAUUUUGUUCACAACCUCUGACUCAACCUGAAAAUAGAAUAACAUUUUACACAUGCAUGAUUGGAAUUUAAAACAAGGACGAUCGAUAUUCUGUUUACCACUAUACCAGCAUGUUGCUGACAUAUAGAACCUGAGUGUUUUAGCAAGUCUGAUGCAUAGUCUGACACGUCAUUUCAAGGGAGGCAUGCAAAAUUACCAGUGAAUAUCUGUACAUGAAAAUUGUUUUUGAACAUCUAAAAACAUGUACAUGUCAUCAGCAAAAACACCUCAAUCUCAAAGAAAAUUGAGUUUUAAGUUGGAAAUAGUGGUGCAAAUUUAAGUACCAGUUUAAAAAUGCAAUGCUGAGUGUAAACAGAUACAUGUGUAGAAAAAUACCAAUAGGUCUCAGAGAAAAAUGAAUUUCUUGUAACAUGAAUGAGAAGAAUAUUAUGAAAAUGUCUUCAUUGCUUUCAAUAAAGGAAACAAGAGUUCAGAGACCUCAUACCUCCAUGAAGUAUUCUGAUUAUGCCAAUGACUUUCACAUCUGCAUAAUUUAUACUUGGUUAUGCACACCUUUACUGACUUAUACAAGGCGCGAUGUUGACAAUCCAGUUAUUUACUACUUAGGACACUUUCACAUUAUUAUGCAAAGUAGAGACCUAUUUGCAUAAUUGGUAUCUGCUAAUCUAACACCUACCAAAAACUACAUAUACAUGUAUUUGAGUCGUAUUUAAGUCCUAUAAUUGAAAACACAGUAAAUCUAGAUUUUCCUCAUUAAGUAUGCAAAUUAAGUCCUAGUUUAUAAUGUGCAUAAUUUGCACUUCAUUAUAUACAUCUCUGCCAAAGAUACCUGGAUACUAAAUAUCAUGGAAAUGCAUAAUUCCUUUGUUCUGUUAUGCUCUUUGAGAGAUUUUGAAAAAAAAGCCUAUCCAGAUCCAGAGCAAGCUGCUAGGGGCAUGGGCAAUUUGGCGAAUUUGGCAAAAUGGGCAAUAGGCCUUGGAAGUGUUGUUUUUAUUGAAUGGUUGUAUUACAAUAAAGAAUAAAUAAAGUACAUAGUGGUGCCACACUCAAACAAACUGGCACUCAACUUGAGUUUUAAGCUAAUCGUUGACAAAGAGACCGAGCCACCAGAUAACGGCAACCCACUGUGCUCAUAAAUGGCACCGUCAGUGCUGGACUUCGGCCAUCCUUGAGCUCGCUGGUUGGUUUUGGUGACCUUCUCGUGCUGGUCCUCAUUCGGAGACCUUCAGGUGUCUUCGCCCAGAACUCUCUGUUCGGCACCCGCUCAGGUGAUCCCAAGUACCUGACAACAAUUUGUUGGCUUACCGCCUAUGGUAAGGGUCCCAAACAUACAUGACUUCUUUCUUACAUCACAAACUAUCUGCCACCAAAACAAAA